AUUUCCUCGAUAAAGUUGUGUACACAUUGCAAAGUGGUCCAAUUCUAGGAUUUUCGACAGUGUAGUUAUAGUUUUAAAUCGUUAACGUUCGGAAAUAAAACCAAUAUGGGAGAUUCGGAUUACGACGACGAUGACUAUGACGAUGGCGAAGAAUUUCAAAAAAAGAAAGUGGGACAGGCGAUCAAGAAACUGAAGAUCCGGAAACCUGGAAAGGCUCCUGGAUCACGACUUCAAAGGUCUCUUAGUGCGAAAUCCAGGAAGCGUCUUCAUUCUUCCGACUCAGGUGGAGUGGACCAUGAGUUUGACGAUCUUGAGAUGCAGGUGGUGCGGUAUAAGCCGGAGGGGCUGGAUACGCUCUGCCGAAAUACAAAAUUCUCCAGGAAGGAACUGCAGAUAAUGUACAGAGGAUUUAAACAGGAAUGUCCAACAGGGAUAGUCAACGAAGAGACAUUCAAAGAAAUCUACGCUCAGUUCUUUCCUCAGGGUGAUUCCAGUGCGUACGCACACUAUGUCUUCAAUACAUUUGACCAUGACAGGAAUGGAACCAUCAGUUUUGAGGAAUUUGUCAUGGGGUUAUCAGUAUUAUCUCGCGGAACCCUACAAGAAAGACUACAGUGGGCGUUUAGUCUAUAUGAUAUUAACGGCGAUGGAAUCAUAACCAAGGAAGAAAUGAACGAUAUAGUAUCAGCUAUAUACGAAAUGAUGGGCAGAUUCUCAGAACCUACCGUAGACGAGACGACAGCGCGGGAUCAUGUCGAUAGAGUAUUCCAGAAAAUGGAUUUAAAUAAAGAUGGCGUCAUAUCAUUAGAAGAGUUCAUGGACACGUGUCGGAGGGACGAAAAUAUAACAAAAGGAAUGGCAAUAUUUGACACUGUACUUUAGACAUUUAUUAAAGGACACUUAUACAUAUAAAAUGACAAUUUGCAAUUGGCUGAAAUACUGACCAGGUGCGGGGAUCCCUGCCGCUCUGAGCUGAGAAUGAUGUGUAUUUGGCAGAGACAUACUGAGUGAAAAGUGGUGUUCCCGUGGAGUGUACAUUUCAAACAUUUAUCACCCCAGUGGUGUUAAGUACAUAUGUAUGUGUACUUCACACGCCAUAAUCAAACAGAUGGAAUGUUUCAUCAGAAAAAAGCCCAAUUCUUUUUAUACGAUCUUGAAUGUUUGUCACUGAAUGAAUUUGAAUGAUUUGAUUACCUUUGCAUACUUUUACAAUAAUGAUGACCUCUACUAACCACUGAAGUUCAUUGUGGAUGAUGGACGCUAUAUUGUCCAGCUAUGUUUGUUCUUGCCUCCAAUCGGCCAACACCUUAUUACUGUCAACCGACUGUUUUGGGUGAAAGCUAGAUCACGAUGGACUUCAGUAACACCUUUUUUCCACAUUUAUUGUGAUUUAUGUGUACAUGGCAGUAUGUUUUCCACUUAAAGCAAAUGCACCAUAUGUUGAUUGAGCUUCCGAUUACACAGAUUACCAAAGACAGCCAGUUUCUAAUAUAGUUCGGAAGAAAAGUAAAUAGAAUAUUAAAGUCUUAGCUUAAUAUUAACGAUUAGACAACAUUUGAUAGAGAUGUGUUCAGGAAAGUGUUACAUUCGACAAAAAUUUAAGAAAAAAGUAACAAAUUUGCAUUUGGGUUGUUCAAUAUAGCUGCAUAUAUGAAAUAUAUUGAUUCACUAUCAAUCCAACAGGUGCUUCUAUCCAGCUAUGAAAAACAAGCAUGUCUUUUGCUUGUAAUGCCAACUGCGACAUGUCGUAGCACGUAUUGCCAAACAUAGUACAUAGAAAUAGAUAACCUGUUGUGUUAUGUUUAAAUAUGACUCAACCUCCAAAACCUGUGUGCUAAAGCAUAUUGAUUUAUUGACAUGCGUAAUAAUGACACAAAAUCCACAUUAGGACGUACAUGUGUAUGUUGGCGGUGCGUUGUGUCAUGUUGUUGUUUAAGAGAUAGAAUGGAAGAGAAGAAAAGGUAAAUAUUGGUUGCAGUAGCAUCUUCUCACACUUCACCAAUACGAACCAAAUGUUUGUUAUAUAUUACGGACUCUGUUCGUCUUUUUUCCUUUUUAUCUUACCCUUUUAAUGUUAAAUACAGCACUGUUUACAAUGGGAAAUAUGUCACUGUCAAUAGUAUGAAAUACAUAUUUUACAUUGUGUAGAACGUCGCUGUCUUCAGUGUGAAAUACAUUGUCUACAGUGUGUAGAACGUCACUGUCUUCAGUGUGAAAUACAUUGUUUACAGUGUAUAGAACGUCACUGUCUUCAGUGUGAAAAACAGUGUUUAUAGUGUAUAGAACGUCACUGUCUUCAGUGUGAAAUACAUUGUUUACAUUGUAAAGAACGUCACUGUCUUCAGUGUGACAUUCAUUGUUUACAUUGUAUAGAACGUCGCUGUCUUCUGUGUGAAAUACAUUGUUUACACUGUGUAGAACGUCACUAUCUUCAGUGUGGAAUACAUUUUUUACAGUGUGUUGAACGCCCGUCUUCAGUGUGAAAUACAUUGUUUACAGUGUGGAGAACGUCACUGUCUUCAGUAUUUCUGUUCACUGUGUGAAACACGUCACUGUUAACAGUGUUGUACAUUAUUGUAUAUUAUGGUGAUACAAUUGUUCUUGACUUUUUGUUUUUUUGUUUUAUUACAUCUUGUGACUAUUUGCCGGAUUUUGUAGGCAAAUGGAUGCGAUUACAAUGUUACUGUCUUCAUGAAAUAAACAUUCGAACCUUA